AUGCAAAUCGAGAAUAUUAUCAAAGACCUCCCUUUGCCCCCGUUGCCGUCUCUUUCCGAUGCACUGUCUUUUCAACCACCACCACCCCCUGUAUCUCUUCCUUCUCUUCCAGCCAUUCCACCACUUCCUAAUCCUGAUCUGCUUGGCCUUCCAGCUGACGGAACUCCUCAAUUCCCUUCUCAGUUACUUCAGCUUAAAUGGCAACUUUUCUGCGUUCAGAAAAGCCAACAAGAACUCGCCAGUGCUAUCCUUCAGCUCAGCAGUAUGAUUCUGGCUAAUUCAAAUUCUCAAACGAGUUCUCCUUUUCUUCCACCACAACAACAACAGCAUCUAACGCAACUUCCUCUUGGUUUUCCAACUAGUAAAUCUCCUGGAAAACGGAGAUGGAGUUCAAAAGAUCGAGGAUCCAGUAGUCAGUCCAAAUACGCCCUAAUGUCAUCGAAAUCGAAAGGGGUUGUUGCUCCAUGUCAGUGUGAUGUUUGCCAAAGGGGGGAAGGAGAAAGUCAAUUGCCAAAACCCUCGGAAGGAAUCAACCAACAAACACCUCUUGAUCUCUACGUCUCUUACUUCUUGAACAGUCUUGAGAAUAAACAACUUCCUCUUCCACAAGGUAUGGCUCUUCCACAAACGCCAAUGGAAAUAGCUUCCAGCCAACAACAACAGCAGGAAAAGCCACUCGACCUUGCCACGCAUUCACGAACGAAUGUUGAACUCAACGGUGAACUGACACGACCUAGAACUACGUUUAGUCAACCAGCGAUUGGAGAGUCAUCUUCUGAUCUCAUCACCUCCCCGAAUAGUCUCAACCUCUCCCCUCCUAGAGACCCGUCACCGCUCUUUCUGUUCCAUAAACCAUCCCAUCAAGAUGGAAAAUCAAACCAUGAACCAGCUUUUGAUGAUAUUCUUCAAUUAGAAGCUGCUGCAAUCUCGGGAAAUAGUUUUAAACCUUCCUGGACACAUUCAGCCACUUUCACGGAGAAAGAUCGUGCUGUGGUGAUCUUGAAUCCAACUGAACCUCGAGAAAUGUUUGUCGGCGGUGAGCCCAAGGUGCGACUCCCUGUUUGGGCUUAUAAGAAAUGUGUCUAUAUGGUUGGAAGAGAGCAGAAACGACCAGCAGCUAGACUUUGUCUGUGUCUUCUGCAAUCCCUUUUCAGUCUCCGCUAUCUUGUGAGUCACAAUUAUAGUGGAUCAAGGCAGAAGCGACCAAUUGAUCCCAUGGUUAUGAAAGCGGUGUUGAAACAAGCCAUGAUGCAAUUUGGAAAGGGCGAUAAUGUCCUUUCUGGAAUGGAAUUCUCCCAAGGCAAGUUGAGGGACUAUCUCAACAAUGCCUUCCGAGUCAUGGCCUUUAGAAGAAGACGAGGAGACCGUGUUAAAUCGCCCUUCUGGAACGACGCGGGUGAACCAAUUCUAAGUUUGGAUCCUCCAAAGGACUUUCGGUUGAAUGAUAUAAUUCUUACGAAAAUUGUUCCCUCAUUUCGAUAA